CUGCUCUCCAUGCGAUCUGCCAGUGCCGGUGUAUCUCUUAAUGUUCUUCAGAGGGCCAUAAUGCCGCGAUAUUAAUACUUACCACAUAUACACCGACGAAUUACUAAAUAUGGCAAUCCCGAUUAUUGAUGCGCUUAUGGGCGCUUGUGUAUGUAGUUGGUCCUGUCUUGAUCCAUUCACCACUUCAGUUUGGGACAGUUCAUUAAGUCGCUGUGUAGUCCGUUCUAACACAAUGCGAUAUUUUAUCAACAACAAUACCCGGGAUGAGCACCAUGCCGAGGAAGAAUACUACUCUGGCGAAGAUCUAGAUGACCCUCCUUCUGAGGAUGAGGAUGAGGAUGAGGAUGACACUACCAGUAGCUCUGAAGAAAGUGGCGAAGAAAUGGAACAUGACAGAGAGGAAACGGCUGAAGUACAAUCCCAAAACGAUGCAGAUUUUGACCGCCUAGUCGCGCAAAUUCGUCGAGGAGAUGGUGGCACAUCCGCAGGAAUGCUGACCAAGGAGUGGGAUUUUAGUAUGCAAGACAAGGAGGCUGAGUUUCGCGACGACUUACGCCAAGCAUCUGGAGUAGGCAAGCGCAAAGGCAAGGGGAGAGGAAGGGGCAAGCGUAGGACCGGUCCUGUGCUCUCGCAACAGGUACGGGCUCUUAUUGGAGAGGGCAAUCAGGCGUAUAUCGACAGCGAUAUACCAGAGACAAUACGCAUCAUGCAAGAGGUUAUCCGUAUAGAACCUCGCGCAGCUUCCGCCUGGUCUGUUCUGGCGCAAUGCUACGACAGUCACAACUUGAAUGAGCCGCACAGAGCGUUGCAGCUUCGCAUCAUGUCUGCUCAUCUUAAUCAGGAUCCUGACGAAUGGGACCAGUUAGCAUUGGAGUCAAAACGCAUAGGCUACCAUCAGCAGGCCUUGUACUGCUACAGGAAGCUGUACAAUCUCGAACCUUCGAAUACGAAUGCACUGUGGGACCGCGCGGCACUCGCCAAGGAGAUUGGCGACUUUCGAAUAGCCCGGCAUUCUUUGUUGGCCAUUCUUAAACAACUUCCACACGAUCUAACGGUAUUGGACGAAUUGCGCCCUGUUCUCAUCGAGACGAACGAAUUGGAACUCUGCGCCAACUUAUUCCAAUCGGCCUUCGAACAUUACCAAGCCACCUUCCCCUCAGGGUCCGCUACGAAUGAGGCCGGAGCUGAUGUUCCUGGCGGUGGUUUCGGCCUUAUGGAGGUCCUCGUCCUAGCCGAUCUGUACAACUCUAGUGGCGAAUACGUCAUGGCCAUUGUCACCAUCAAGCAAGGGUGCAGAUGGCUACAGGGUCGUUCUAAACAGACAUUCUGGGACAAGGUGGAUGAUGACAGAGAAUACGACGUGGCAGAUAUGAAGAUUGACAGGGUUACUGAGGGUGAACUUGGUGCGGGUAUGUACCCCCUAGAUGUGAACGCCAGACAUCGAUUGGCUAUUGCUCGAAUCAAAAUGGGCGAUAUUCCGGAAGGCAAGAUUCAUGCAAAGAUCAUUUUGUCCCAGAAUGUCGGAGAAUAUGCGCCCUUGUUUGCAGAGAUUGCAGACGCAUACUUUGACAGGGAGAUGUACGCCGAGGCGGGUCAAAUAUACGAAAUUCUUGGCGCAGACACAGAGACCAGUAGUUUGUAUGUCUUGAUGCAAGCAGCCGCUUGCCGAAGGAUGGUAGGCGAUUUGAAGGAAUCUGCCGAAGUCUACGAACAUGUUAUUGUCGCGGACCCCACUCACAACGAUGCGAAGAUGAAGCUUGCCGAGAUAUAUGAGAUCUUGGGAGAGCCAAGAAAAGCGUUAGAUCUUGUCAUGCAAGUUAUCGAUUCACGUCGAAGGCGCCCUGGUCGAGAGAAAGAAGGCACCCCACAAGGCGAUAUCACAAGUACUUCGCUCUUCGAAGAGAAGGCCAUCGCCAAACGCAAAGGAGUGGUCGCCAAAACCCAGAGGCUAAAUAUCACUCAACUGCGGGAGCUAGAGACGCAGAAAGAACAAGAGGUCAAGCAAGGAUACCACCGUGUAAAGGAACUUUGGCCUCAAAUGCUCGCUGGUGAGGAGGAGGCUGUCAGAGAAUGGCUGAUGGAGGCGGAGAAACUGGUCGAGACAUAUAGGGAGACGCGAAACUUGUUUCUGACGUCUAAGCAUCCAGGCUUCAGGGGAAUGUUUCCCCGUUCGAGGAAGAGAAUCACCGAGGCUACCGAGAAUGACAUGGCUUCUCGCCUCCAGCUUGAGUUAGGUCGAGACACUAUAGCUCGAAAGUCAAAAUCUGAUGGCUCUGGUUCCGGGGACUUAGACUCUUUCCGGACCGUCAAGUUUGAUGAUUGGCUCAGACUGUUCAUGCAGUAUGCAUUUGUCUUGACGAAACAGGGAAACUUCGACCAGGCAUACGAGGUCUUGCGACAUGUUGCAUAUUCCAACCCGUUCCAGAAGCAGGACAUCCAGGAUACGAUCCGGCUUGCCAUUAUCUCGUGUUCGCUUGUUGGCGAUCAACCUUUCAAGGUGGUCGAAUACUCACGAAAGCUUAUAAACGUCCACCAAUUUAACAAUGAACCAUACCGAAUUAUGCUUGCGUCUCUCGGAAGUGGUCUACGUGCGACAGACGGCUUCCUUGUCUCGACGCUCUCCAAGCACAUGUUACGUGAGUUGAGAACUCACGCGGCUGCAUUAAAGAACUCGGAUACUUUACGGUGGAAUCCAGUUUCGAAGAGAUACGCUCCUGUUGGCACGUCUGUUAAGGACGAAGAAGAAGAUCUUGAGGCACCGGCACCAGAAGCUGGUUCGUCGAAUACUCAUCUGUCAUCCGGACAGACCAAGCUUCCGACGAAAGAUAACCCGAUUUUGGUUGCGAUGUAUGGCCAGAUAUGUCUCGCUGCUCGCAGUUAUCAAAGUGCUUUAUUCUACUUGCUGCAUGCGUACGACUACUGCCAGGAAGAUCCCUUGAUAUGUCUCUGCUUGGCCGUUGCCUCUAUUGGUAGAGCCAUGCAACGUCAAGCGGACAACAGGCACCAUUUGAUAACACAGGGCAUGGCCUUCCUGACCAAGUAUCGUAACUUGCGUGGCGGACUCGCGGACGAGAUGGAUGAAAUAGAAUACAACUUUGGUCGUACUUUCCACCAAUUAGGUCUGUACACUCUUGCUGUAAAGCACUAUGAACGUGUUUUGCAUGUCAUUGAAGAGCGACUACGUGUUAAUGAUCAGGCGGAUUAUGGUGUCGCUCUUGAAGCAGCGUAUAACUUAUCGCUAAUUUAUGUGAUGACCGGUGCUACCCCUCUGGCACAAGAUCUGUAUCGACGCUGGCUUUCUCUUUAGUUUAUAACUUAGUUCUGUUGCGAAUUUGGAUUGCGACCAAUGCCUUUCUAGCCUCCGCCGCUUUGUAUCAAUAGCACCAUUUGUAUAUUAUGCUAUACCACAGCAAAAGUACUGUAUCCAUACGCACUAUAAACGCAUUCGAAGACAUGCGACUGAGUACCCGUCUAUUUCAAUUAGUC